AUGUUGUCUUACUUGUCCUAUAUGCUCACAGCAGUAGCCGCUUUGCUAGUGACUUGCCAUGCACUGUGUAAAUGUCCAGGAAUUCCUGGGCUUCCUGGUAUCCCUGGAAGUCUGAAAGGACAGCCACGUGUACCAGGUCUCCUAGGACCCUCUGGAAGCCUUAUGGGGCUUCCUGGAAGAUAUCGUCUUCCUUGGCUGGAAGGUCUACCUGAUUCUUUGGACACUGAACUCCGCAAUGUUUUAGUAAAUUUGAAACACCGACUUUCCAGACUUGAAGGCGUGCUUGCUUUGAAUGGGAAAAUAAGAGAAGUAGGAGAGAAAAUAUUUGCCAGCAAUGGGAAGGAAGUUGAUUUUGCAUCUGCAUUAGAAUCCUGUGAAGAGGCUGGAGGAACUCUUGCAGCUCCCAUGAAUGAGGAGGAGAAUAAAGCUAUUUUGGAUAUUGUGAAACAGUAUAACCGAUAUGCUUACUUGGGCAUUAAAGAGGGUGAGAUUUCAGGUCAAUUUAAGUAUAUAAAUGGCAUGCCUCUGAAUUAUACCAAGUGGCACCAAUAUGAGCCUAAUGGCAAAGGGACAGAAAAUUGUGUAGAGAUGUACACUGACGGGAGCUGGAAUGACAAAAAAUGCAACUUGUAUCGCCUCACAAUCUGUGAAUUUUAA